AUGUCCAACAUGUAUCUGGCUUACACCCCAACUAUCAGCAGACGGAGUUCAUCACCAACUGGUUUGCACUUUGCAGUACUUUUGAAACUUAAUUUGGAAAAUCUUUCUCUCUGCAACAAGAAUUUAACCCCCAAAUUCCCAUCCACCAUAAAUGGAUUCUCUCGACUCCAACUUCAAACCCCAAAUCUUCGCGCCAUUUCUCUUUACCAGAUUCAAGUCACCAUGCAUUACUCAAAAUCCAACCAAAGUUCUAGAGCUAACACUAGCAGCAGCAGUGGGGGCAGCGCUAGUGGAGCUGGCGCUUCUGCUGCUACAGGGCGGCACCCGGUCUAUAGGGGCGUAAGGCGUCGGACUAGUGGGAAAUGGGUGUCUGAGAUUAGAGAGCCAAGGAAGCCCAACAGAAUCUGGCUCGGUACAUUUCCUACUGCUGAAAUGGCAGCUAUUGCUUAUGAUGUUGCCGCACUUGCCCUAAAAGGCCAAGAUGCAGAGCUUAACUUCCCAAACUCUGCUGCUUCUUUGCCUGUGCCUGCCUCAACCUCCCCACGUGAUAUCCAGGCGGCUGCAACCUCAGCAGCGGCAGCUUUGGGGGCUGCAAAUGAUGCUUUAUUCGGAAAUGAGGAUAAUGAGGCUAAAAACAGUCCAAUAGGACCUGACAAACCGACUACGGUUGAUGAGUUUGUCGAUGAGGAUUUGAUCUUUGAUAUGCCUAAUGUUCUUGUCAAUAUGGCUGAAGGGAUGCUUCUUAGCCCUCCUCGCUUGGACAUUGCUCCUGCUCCUGCUCCCGCCGAUAACGCUGGAGAUGCUGAGAACCUUUGGAAAUUCCCUUAA